CAAAGGAAAGGAAAUACUGGAGGUCCAAAACAUUGAAGCACGCCUGUGAUGAAACUGGACAGGAGUCCUCAAUCCUUGAUAGGGCUCCCUAUAAAGGAGAAACGCAUCCCGGAAGCUCCUGCCCUUCUCUCUGGAUAGAUUGUUAUAGACCCUUUUUUUUUUCAUUGAGAUUCUAAUAUCGACUUGAUUCUUGGUUUUUGGGUGGGAAGCUCUGCAACAUUGUUGAUGGGGCGAAACCAGCCAUAGUAAUGGUGGUUGCGCAACUAGCCUCUGGAGGAGUUCAAAUUUUCUACAAGCUGGCUAUCAACGAUGGCAUGAACACCAGGGUUCUUAUAGCCUAUAGAUACAUCUUUGCCACAGCUUUUAUAUCUUCUCUUGCUUUCAUCUUGGAAAGGUGGAAGAGCCGUCCAAGAUUGACAUGGAUGAUAGCUCUACAAGGGUUUCUAUGCGGAUUAUUUGGAGGAGCAUUGGGUCAGAAUUUGUACGUCGAAAGCAUGGUUCUAACAUCUCCGACUUUUUCAGCGGCCAUGGCUAACCUCAUUCCGGCUGUUACGUUCAUCUUCGCCAUUUUUUUAGGGUUGGAGAAGUUGGCGAUCCGAACGUGGGCAGGGAAGGCUAAGGUGACUGGCACCCUAUUGGGCAUAGGUGGAGCCAUGGUCCUCACCUUCUACAGAGGACCACAGAUCAACAUAUGGUCAACCAAAGUUCACCUAUUAAAGCACAAAGAUCAACACGUGGCAGCAUCACACCGGGGGAUGGAUAAUCGUGUGUUGGGCUCAUUACUGGCUGUAGCAAGUUGUUUCUCCUAUGCAACCUGGUAUAUAAUCCAGGCGAAGAUGGGAGAGAGGUACCCAUUUGACUACUCUAGCACUGCUCUAAUGUGUGCUUCUGCAUCGGUCCAAACAGUUGUGUAUGCCAUGUGUAAGGAAACAAAUUGGUCCGCGUGGAAGCUCGGAUGGAACAUCAGACUUCUCACUGUUGCCUACACGGGAUAUUUGUCGUCUGGAUUUAUGGUGGUCCUUACCAACUGGUGUGUACGCAAGAGGGGUCCCCUUUUUGUAUCGGUCUUCAACCCUCUCUUGCUGGUAUUUGUAGCCAUCCUUGAUUCCUUACUCCUCGAUGAGAAGUUGCAUCUCGGAAGUAUAAUAGGAGGGGUGCUGAUAGUAAUUGGGUUAUACGCCAUGUUGUGGGCAAAAAGGGAGGAGAUGAAGAGCAAGGCCAGACUCUCACAUUCCAAAAGGUCCAAAGAGGCAGAAAUAAUAAAUGUGGGCACAGCCCCAGCUGAAGAUGACGAUGUAUCAGCUGCAGCUACCGCCAACCCCAGACAGUGAUAAGU